CUUCCCUGGCUCUGAGGGGUUUGCACAAUGGCCAAGUGCUUCAGCCUGGUGUUGCUUCUUGCUUCCAUCUGGACCUUGAGGUUUCUGGCCCAAGGCUCUGUCAGAGUACAAGAGCUUUCCAUCUCACUGCCGUGCAGAAUUCUGGGGGUCACCCUCGUGAACAAAAAGGUACAUCGGCAGAUGAACUUCACAGAAGCCAAGGAGGCCUGCAGGCUGCUGGGACUAACUUUGGCCAGCAAAGACCAGGUGGAAGCAGCAUGGAAGUCUGGCUUUGAGACCUGCAGUUAUGGGUGGAUUGGAGAAGGGUACACGGUCAUCCCUCGGAUUCUCCCGAACCCCAAGUGUGGGAAGAAUGGGAUAGGCGUCCUGAGUUGGAAAGUUCCGGUUAGCCAGACGUUCAGGGCCUAUUGUCACAACUCAUCUGAUAUUUGGGUCAACUCGUGUGUUCCAGAAAUUAUCACCACUGAUGAUCCCAUGUUUGACACUCAAACUGCACCAUACACAUCAGAGUUCACGGACAGUGACGGCAUCUACUCAGAAGCAUUCACAACACCUGUUCUUGCCACUACCCCUGCUCCAGCCACCACUUCUGUUCCACGGAGGAAAAAAUUGAUUUGCAUCACAGAGCUGGUUACGGAAACUAGUUUCAUGUCUACAGAAACAGAACCCUCUAUUGGAGGGGAAAAAGCUUUCAAGAAUGAAGCUGCUGGGUUUGGAGGUGUUCCCACGGCUCUGCUGGUACUUGCUCUUCUCUUCUUUGGUGCUGCAGCUGGUCUGGCAGUUUGCUACAUCAAAAGGUAUGUGAAGGCUUUUCCGUUUACAAACAAGAAUCAACAGAAGGAAAUGAUUGAAACCAAAUUAGUGAAGGAGGAGAAAGCUGAUGAUGGCAGUCCUAAUGAAGAAUCAAAGAAAACAAAUAAAAAUCCAGAGGAGCCCAAGAGUCCACCCAAAACCACAGUGCGAUGCCUGGAAGCUGAAGUUUAGAUGCAAAAAGAAAUGAAAAGCCACACCUGAGGCUAGUUUCUUUCCUGAACCAUCCCAGCUCCAGGUGGGGAAUCUAAAAGGGCCAAAGAACCAAAGAAGAAAGUCCACCAUUGGUUCCUAAUGGGAAUCAGCUCAAGGCUGCCUUUGGGCUAUGAUGUUCUCCAAAGGGACCCCCUCUUCUUACCGCACCCCUUUCUGGACCCUAUCUUUCUACCUCCAAAACUUCCCACAACCUCUCCAGCCUGCCUGUGUCCUAGUAAUAUCCCACUGGGAGAAAGGAGCUUUGCAAAAUACAAGGACCCAGGAGUACUCAUCUGUACACAUUUGUAAACUGGCUUCUGGGUUGGCAGAGACUAGGGAGUAACAGGCAGACGCGUCACUGAGACCAGGCUGGCUCCGUAGCCCAGAGCCUCUCUGCAGCUCUGAAAGGGAAACACUUAUGUCACCUGACAGGUCCCUUUGAGCCAGGCACAAAAGGUUUGAGACCUAAUCUCUGGGAAGCCAAAAUAAAUAGAGCGAUAGAAGGAGGCCAGGAUCCUGCCAGCACCAUUGUCAGCAGGGACUGUAAACACAGAGGGCCAGGUAUUCUUCCCUGAGCAAAUUGAUUGGAAACACUUUUUAGAACAUUCUCACACUUUCUUUUCUCUCUACUAUUUUCUCUACUAUUCCUCUGAUUUUCUCCAGAGGAAUAGACUUUUAUAAGGAACAACCCCCCCA